AUGAGCCCAACUACAAACAGCCCGGUGCAAGUGGCACGGCAAUCCCCUGCGCGACCACAGAAAAAGCCCAAGACGGUGACAUUCACUGGAUGUUGGACAUGCAGAUCCCGGAAGGUCAAAUGCGACGAGCGCCAAAAGAACGGGUGUGGAGUUUGUGAGAAGUCAGGCUUGGAGUGUGCGGGCUAUGGUGUUAACCUGUGCUGGGUGACUGGAAAGAUACAAAAAUUUCAAGGUUUCAGACGCAGGCAGAUUGGACUAGGUAAGCGUAACCCCAUUGAAAUGAAAGCUCAGCUCAUAGCUUCUACAGAUCAGCCCUGUUCACCGAGCAUCCCGGAAGAUGAGAUCAACCGCAUGUUAUCCAAGGUUGACACUAUCUUCACUGCAGCGAGAACGGUGAGAGUAGGUCCAUUUGCAGUCUUUUCCAAGGGCGAACAGUCUUGCUAUGGGCCGGUUGCCCCAAGGUCACCUCAAGGCAUCACUGUUCGCGAUCGUGAACCCCCGGAACAAGACGACUCUACCAAUCCUGAGUAUGCAAUACCCCAAGACGAUAGCUUUGUCUUGAGUUCGACCAGUCUUGAAACAAAUGACGUCCCACAAUGGAAUCCAUUAGGUUCAAAGUCAAGCCUGUGUCAAAAUGCUUUCUCGAUAUUUCCUUCGCCACACCUUGAAAUUUCGAUGCCAUUUUUCAAAAGUCGCAAGAUAUCCAUGCUAAUGUACCACUACAAGAACCAUGUUGCGGACCUGUUACAGCCCAUCUUUCAUCCACAGAAUCCUUGGCGAACGACAUAUCUUCCAUACGCACUCGAAGGAUGCCCAGAUCUAUUUCUUGUUCAAAACGAUGGGCCAGCCUCUGCAGUUUCCAUUUCGCUUUUCCAUAGUCUACUUUCAUCUGCUGCGUUUCAUCUUCGCAAUCUACAGGGUGGUUCCGCAUACUAUCACACACUCGGACUUCAACACAGGACCAAAUCUCUCCAGGCGCUUCAUGCCGCUCUAACUAUCCCAAGGGACUCCCAACAAAACACUGUUUAUCUAACAGCGAUGUUGUCUUUGGUGACCAUUGAUACAAUGACUGGCGAAGAUUCCGAUUUCCCAAUCCAUCUGAAGGGUUGCCAUCAACUGCAAAUCCCAAAAUCAAAUCCAGGGACAUCUCGAGACUCAAAUCACCAGGUCAACACUAUUUGCAAUUUUCUAAGUCUAUUAUCUCGAACAACAGUACACGAGAUCGAGCCCAGACCCUGGCCAAUCGAUAGCCAACUGUUCGAAACCUGCUGUUUCGAUAGAAAUGAUAGAAGCGUCGAGUAUAUGUAUGGUAUUACCCCAACAUUGGGAAAUCUUCUACAGAAAGUCUGCCAAGUCGCUGAGUGUCUGGCCUUCUACCAGGGAAAGCACGUGCCUUCCCUACUACAAGAUGCAUGCAUUGCACUAAAAGACCAAAUUUCUCUGUGGGACAUUGAAUCAGAGUCGUUCUACCUCCUCAGAUCAGAGGAUCGGACGAUGUUCGAGAUAGUACGAUGUCAGGCUCGUGCUUUUCACAGUGCUGUCGUGAUAUUUUAUUACCGAACAAUCGAAAAUUAUAGUUCAGCUAGCAUGCAAGAAUGUGUCAAGGUGGUUUGGGAGAAUCUUACCCUUGCCGAGAAUCUAAAAGAUGAAUAUAUGGAUGGCGAAAAGCGAGCUGCGCCCAUGUCUUGGCCAGCUUUCAUCGCUGCAUGUGAAGCGACUGAUCGAGUUCGUUGGGUGGAAUGGUGGGAGCGAGUACAGGGGUACUCGAUGGGCAACUACAAAAGACAGCGGAAAGUUAUACUAGAGAUUUGGGCAAUUAUGGAUGCAGACCCGAAUGUGUAUAGUUGGAGAGAUGCGUUGAAACAGUCCGGGAAGAUGGUUUUGCCAAUAUGA